AAUGCCGUUUUGUUAAUGCUUUCCAAAAAGUAAAAUAAAAAUCUUACGACUACGCUCCACUACACUAAUCAUCUGUUGCGUUUCAUUGAGAUCUCGCUGAAUAUAUCGUCGAAUAUUACGAUUUGGUGUUGAAUGCAUCGGUGUUGGAGUUAGCUUAUAUUGCUGUUGUCGUGGUAGUAUUGCGUUGAAGGAAAUGGAGUUGAGAAAACCCUUAACGUGCAAAUGGGUUUUCUUUUCUGUCAUUGUCAUUGUCAUUGCUCGAGUUGUGGAUAGUUUUUAUCUCCCCGGAAGCUACAUGAACGCUUAUUCGAAUAAGCAUCUCAUAUUUGCAAAGGUUAAUUCGUUAACUUCAAUUGAAACAGAGCUACCCUUCAGCUACUACAGCCUCCCUUACUGCCAGCCUGAUCGCAUAAAGAAAAGUGCUGAGAAUUUGGGAGAGCUUCUUAUGGGAGAUCAGAUUGACAACUCCCCUUACCGGUUCCGGAUGAAUGUUAAUGAGACUGUUUACCUCUGCACGACGUCGCCAUUGAAUGAGCACGAGGUUAAGCUGCUCAAGCAAAGGACGCGGGACCUUUACCAGGUCAAUAUGAUCCUUGACAACUUGCCUGUAAUGAGAUUCACGACCCAAAAUGGGGUUAAAAUCCAGUGGACAGGGUUCCCUGUUGGGUACACACCGCCUGAUGGUAGUGCAGAUUACAUCAUUAACCACCUUAAGUUCACAGUCUUGGUUCAUGAGUAUGAAGGGAGUGGGGUUGAAAUUAUUGGGACUGGGGAGGAAGGUUUGGCUGUUAUUUCUGAUGCUGACAAGAAGAAGGCAUCUGGGUAUGAAAUAGUUGGUUUUCAGGUUGUCCCUUGUAGUAUUAAAUAUGAUCCUGAAGUCAUGGCUAAGCACAAAAGGUAUGAUACUCUCUCUCCUAUAAGCUGCCCAACUGAGCUUGACAAGUAUCAAGUGAUAAGAGAGCAGGAAAGGAUAUCAUUUACAUAUGAGGUUGAAUUUGUGAAAAGUGAUACAAGAUGGCCUUCACGUUGGGAUGCUUAUCUGAAGAUGGAGGGUUCUCGAGUUCAUUGGUUCUCGAUCUUAAAUUCACUGAUGGUUAUAUUUUUCUUGGCUGGUAUUGUUUUUGUCAUUUUCCUGAGAACUGUGAGAAGGGACUUGACGAGGUAUGAGGAAUUGGACAAAGAGGCACAAGCUCAGAUGAACGAGGAGCUUUCUGGAUGGAAACUUGUUGUGGGUGAUGUGUUUAGAGAGCCUGAGUGCUCAAAGCUUCUCUGUGUGAUGGUUGGAGAUGGGGUUCAGAUUCUUGGGAUGGCUGCUGUUACAAUUGUUUUCGCAGCACUUGGUUUCAUGUCACCAGCAUCCCGAGGAAUGCUUCUAACAGGGAUGAUCAUUUUGUAUCUUAUUCUGGGAGUUUCUGCGGGCUAUGUCAGUGUACGUUUCUGGAGGACCAUUAAGGGAACAACAGAAGGGUGGAGAUCAAUUUCCUGGUCAGCUGCAUGCUUUUUUCCUGGAAUUGCUUUCAUUAUUCUUACAGUUCUGAAUUUUAUUCUAUGGAGCAGCAACAGUACUGGUGCUAUACCCAUUUCCUUAUAUUUCGAGCUGUUCUUCCUCUGGUUCUGCAUUUCGGUACCCCUUACCCUUAUUGGAGGAUUUAUGGGUACAAAAGCUCAGCCAAUUGAAUAUCCUGUGCGGACUAACCAGAUUCCAAGGGAAAUUCCUGCACGUAAAUAUCCAUCAUGGCUUCUUGUUCUUGGUGCUGGAACUCUUCCGUUUGGAACCCUCUUCAUUGAGCUUUUCUUUAUCCUUUCGAGUAUCUGGCUUGGAAGGUUCUAUUAUGUGUUUGGUUUCCUGUUGGUCGUUCUUCUAUUGCUGAUUAUUGUUUGUGCUGAAGUAUCUGUUGUCCUCACUUAUAUGCAUCUCUGUGUGGAAGAUUGGCGGUGGUGGUGGAAGGCAUUCUUUGCCUCAGGUUCUGUUGCUCUUUAUGUCUUCUUGUACUCCAUUAACUACUUGGUUUUCGACCUGCAGAGUUUGAGUGGACCUGUCUCGGCUACACUUUACCUCGGCUAUUCACUACUCAUGGCAAUUGCAAUCAUGUUAUCCACCGGCACCAUUGGCUUCCUUAUGUCAUUCUACUUUGUGCACUACUUGUUCUCAUCAGUAAAGAUAGAUUGAGGUCUCCCUGUCAUCUCUUAUUAUUAGCUAUGCUAAAGGUCAAUUAAUAUAGCUUCUUCUGAGUUCUUUUUUGUAGUUUGAUCGCAUUGCAGAAUAUUUGAGUAGGGCAACUUAUGCUUCAUUUGUUGUCUUAAAUAGUUGUCAAAUGAUUUUACAUUGCAAUGUUAUCUGCAGUUUGUUCUCCUACUUGUCCCCCACAGUAACCUACUCAUUCAGGUAUUCAACUAGUGUUUGAGCUCUCAGUGUGCUUUAAGUAUUUUUAGUUCAAUUAAGUUGCUUUAGAAAGUUGUAGUUGCAAAACUGUCAUCUUAUUUUGAUACUGUAGAAAAAUUAUGUUAGAUGGAUAAUUUCAUAUCUCGCUGUGAUGUUCACUGUGCUGCUGGGUGUUUAAUUUUUAGCUUCCACACAUUCUCGGAUAGGGAAAGUAUUUGGUAUUAUACUGUUAAAAGGAUGUUAUUUAAACUUAAUUUGUCCGCAAUUUUGGCUUUGUAUAAUAUUAUUGUUUCAUAUUAUAUUUUAUUUUAUUUUCUAGUCGGCUGCAUGUAAAUUUGUGGUAAUAAUCCUUUGAAUAUGGAAAAUAUUGGAUUUGUGUAGUAUUGCUAUAGCACUUGGCUUUUCGUCUGUUAACUGCGUUCCACUUUUUCGGUGUAAUACCCUUAGCAAUGACUUUUGGCAGGAAAAGUACAUGGCAAAAUAAAAUGCAGGUAGCAUAAACUUUUUCUACUGGUAUCUGAAAAUCCUAUUUUAACAACUUUUAAAGGCAAUGGCUGCAGUUAAGUUUCCAUUUUGUUUGAGGUAUUUUUGUCGUUCCUUUUUCAAAAUAAAAAUUACUUAGCUGAUAUAUUUUAUGGAAAGGGGACGAAGAAAAAUAAAUGAAUUUGUCUUGAAGCAUACGACUUCAAAUCUCAAAUAUGCAUUUAGUUAUAUGGCUUGAGUUACUCUCCUCGAAAGCAACUUUUGGACAUUUUAUAAUGUUUUAAAUAUGUUUAGUCUCUAUACUUUAUAUUAAUAUUAGUUUUUAUACUUACAAUAACUAAACAUUAUAUU